AUGGUGGAUUUCGGAGAGAUUCUGGUUACCAUCGGAGACUUUGGUUUUUUCCAGAAGGUUCUCAUUCUUGCCUUAACCUUCCCAAAUUUCUUGCUGCCACCUUUAUUUAGUAGUUUUCUUUUUGUCCAGUUAAAUCCAGAACGACACUGUAAAACAGACUGGAUCCUCAGAGCUGAUGCUAACCUGACCACAGAUGAGCAACUGAACCUGACUCUACCCCGGGAAAAGGAUGGGACCUUCAACAGGUGUCAGAUGUUUGUCCCUGUGGACUGGGACAUCAGUGUCAUCAGGGAGUAUGGACUCAAUGAGACUACAGGCUGCCUGAAUGGAUGGGUGUACUACAGAACUCUGUAUGAGGCCACAAUUGUCACUGAUUUUGAUCUCAUCUGUGACAAGUCUUUUAUGGUUGAAGUUGUGCAGACAGUCUUUAUGGGUGGUACACUUAUUUGUGCCAUUAUCUUUGGACCUGCAGCUGAAUCGUAUGGCCGCAGGAGAGCUACCCAGCUGACAGUUGUCUUUCUGCUAAUAUUUGUCGUAGUUUCUGGUUUGUCUCCAAAUGUCUAUGUUUACAUAGUUUCGCAGUUCAUUGUUGCAGCUGCACUUGGAGGCUACAGGAUUAACUCCAUUGUAAUAGCCACUGAGUGGACUGGGGUCACCAAAAGGUCCCUUGCGUCCUGUUUGAGCCAGAUGUUUGGGGCUCUUGGACAGUGCGCCACCUCUCUUCUGGUCUAUGUUAUUCGUGACUGGAGAAAAGCACAGUUUGUCUUGGCAGGAGCACAGGCCUUUGUAUUCUUGUACAUAUGGUGGAUCCCCGAAUCUGCAAGAUGGUUGUUGGCACAUGGAAGAACUGAAGAAGCUAAUAAGUUGAUAUCUAAAGUUUCAGCAAUCAAUAGGAAGAACAUCCCAGAAAAUCUUCUCCACACGGUAACUGGAGAACAAGAAGUUCAGAGUGGUGGAAUCAAAACAAUAUUUACCUCAAAAGUCCUCUUGAAAUAUUUCUUUAUUAUAUCAUUUGCCUGGUUUUCAUUAAAUCUUGGAUACUUUUGCCUCGCUCUGAAUGUGGGUAAGUUUGGCCUCAGCAUCUUCCUGGUUCAGUUCCUGUUUGGAAUCACUGAGAUCCCAGCACAUCUCCUUUGUAUCUGGGUUCUGGAGUUGGUGGGGAGAAAAAUAUCCCUGAUAUCAACCCUCCUGACAGGAGGUUUGGUUUGCCUCCUUAUCCUGGUUGUUCCUCAAGAAAACGCUGUUGUAGUCACAUCCCUUGUAACCACAGGGAAAUUCUUUUUGAACUGGGGUGGUUCAGUUUGUAUGGUCUACAUUCAAGAGCUGUUUCCCACUUCUGUCAGGCAGACAGCUGUUGGCCUGGGCUCCACAGCAUUUAGAGUAGCGGGGUUGAUAUCUCCGCUGCUCAACAUGUUGGCCACUUACCACCAUUCAAUACCCAUCGCAGUUUUCAGCAGCUUUGUGGUGGUGAGUGGAGCUCUUGCCCUCCUCCUUCCUGAGACCAGCAAAAAGGAUCUUCCUUCUUCAAUUGAGGAGGCCGAGGACAACCGGAAUAUUACAACCAAGAAGAGUGCAGAGGACUCCGACACUGCGGAAAACAACAUAACAAAAUCCACGAAACUCUAG